AUGAGGUAUUUGGCCAAUUACAGAGCGCCCGAAGGCUCCGAUGAAAAGCUCUUCCUGUUUUUCGUGUGUGGUGAUGAGAAAGGUGAACAGACGACGUGGCGGCGAGUGUGUGUAGACGCAUCCAAGUUAGUUUAUGACGUAUUUGCAAAGUCUCCGGCGCGGAAUAGGCUGGUGACCAUCCACGCAGGCUCGAAGCAGGACUGGUCCGCAGCGAAUGCGUUCUUCAAAGAUGGAGAUCUAAAGGUCAAGAUGAUUCCCGCACUCAUGCAGUGGCACGGAGGGUAUCCUGGUGCAAAGCGAGCCACGUCCGGUAUGAUUAUCGAGGAGAGCAUUCUGUACGAACCGCUUCUACGCUACUUUUUCAAGAACCAGGAUGUUCCAGAUCCACUGUUAGCACCGGAAAAGAUCGCUUUGAAAGAAAUUGUCGUGCUACAGGGAUACAAGAACUACCGGUCAUACAUCGAUGGUAUUGCAGCCGGAAACAACCCGUCCCUGACCGCUCCGACAGGUCCAAUGUUCCUCUUCCUCAUCGCCGGGCGACUGGGCAACAACGACCGUCUCUGGUGUCCGUACUGUCGGUACUCUGAGAUUUCUGUCGAAUAUGCAUUCUACGCCUUUGCGCCACCAGGAUCACGACUCGUGAAGGUUGAAACGGUGAACUCGUACGCCACUUGGAAAAACCCUGCGAACGACUGGAAGGGAGACAAGUCGUUGAUGGUGCGUGGUGUGCCGUGGAUGUACCGAGCAAAUCUGGACGCGGAAACGCGUAGCUUCAGCUUCGAACGUGUAAGUGAACGCUUCGACCGGCCGGAAGCGCUGCGAGGAAUCUUCCAGGGCUGGAAGAGCCCUAUGUAA